GUGAAACCCCUACGUGUUACUCAUGUAGAGAUCUUUGCACAAUUGUCCUCAUCAAAUAUUGAUUAAACAUAAUGUAUGAAUAAUUGUCCUAUUAUAAUGUAUGAAUAAUUGUCCUAUUAUAAUGUAUGAAUAAUUGUCCUAUUAUAAUGUAUGAAUAAUUGUCAUAAAAAAAUUAACCCUAUAGAAACUAUCAAAAAAAACCAAUGCACGAUGAUUUUAGAAGAAUCUCUCGGAACUUGCUUCAAAUGAGCAAUUACGAUAAAAGUUAUAAAAAAACUAUUUCAAACGUAAUGAAUAAAAUAAACUUGCUGAAUCAUGAUAAUGCAUGAAAAACGUUUUGUUCGAAAGGAACAAAACGUUGUCAAAUAAUAAAAGUAAAAGUGACAAGUACAUCGGAUGACGAAUGAAAAAAAUUACAAACAUAAUGAUAUUAUAAAAAAAAUGAAGGACAAAGAAAUUACAAAUGAAAAAAAAAUAAGUAGCAAAAAAUUAUGAACAAAACAAUAAUACAGAAGCAUUCGGAAAAUUACGAGCAUGAACAAAUUACCCGCCGAUGAAAAAUUACCGAUUCAGAUGCAAAGUUGUCAGAGUGAAUUUUUGCUAAAAUUAGAAUCACAAAAACAGACAAAGAAAAAAAUCACAAACGAAAAAAAUGCAAAGAAAAAAAUUACAAACGGAAUAAAAUACAAACGAGAAUAAUUACAAACAAACAAAAAAAUUAAAACGAAAAAAAUUUAUUCAUUAGGUUUUGAACGAUUCCCGAAAUAUUCUGAUAAGAUGAUUGAGUUAGUAGGAUUCACGUAAUAAUUUCGUGUAAACGUAGUCUCCAAUCUUAAAAAAUUCAUGUACGUUUGAGGUCGUGUGUGAAAUAUUGGCGAUCUACACUACCGAUGGCGGCGCUCGUGUCCCUCGGAAAAAUAGCGCUAUUGGAGUGCAAUUUUGACAGUUGUGCAUGAUUUAGCAUUGGAAACAUGGACCAGUCGUAUUUAAAACUCCGACAAAUUUAUGAAUACAUACAUUUUUGCUGAUAACUGCUCCAAAAACCACUUAACGACAUUAAUAUUAUGUGACAGGUUGUCUGCUUUGCACUCCAACAGCAGUUCAAGAAAAAUCCGCUAGGCGUUGCAUGUUUAGUGUGGAUCGCCAAUUUGGAGCGCAAGUGUGACAGCGCUAGCGAUUUUUGCACUUCUCUGUUUCCUCUCAAAUAAUUUAUGCAAAAAGAAAUUAACGACUUUCGUAAUAUUCAUUCAUUCAUUCAAGAAUUAACAGAAUGAUUUUCGAAAUGGAUCUAAUUGACAUUUCAUUCAAUGCGAGUUUUGUUUAAUAUGAAAUCGUUACCGACUGAACGUCUUCAUGAUAUACUAUCGCAUGGUUGGUAAAUAUCUUGAAGAUGGAGAUCUCCGUAAAUAUAUGGUUCAUGGUCAACGCCACGCGCGGCAAGAUACCGCAAAGCAAAUGAAAAUCAAAACGACGCGGUGACUACAACAAUGGCUGUACAAGGGGACGACGUAAGUACUACACAAUAUACUUAUUUUUCAUUUCAUAGUUAUAAAUAAUAACGAAGGUGUUUUUUCUUUAUGUUUUAGGUCAUACUGGACGACAUCGAUAUGGCGCUUCAUGAUUACAACCGAGACCAACGGGGACCAGGUGACAUAAUCCACAAUGAGGCACAAAUCGAGAGCGACUACCCACUGCCCCCAGGACAGCGGCCUCCUCCAUCUCCACAGCCUGAUGCUCUGGAAAAUAGGCGACAGCUGCCCCCUGAUCAGCCUCCGCCAAAUAAUCAGCGCCAGUGUGAGCCGAUGGACCAGCGUGGUCAGAAUAGGCGCCAGCGACAACCUACAGGUGGACAGCGACCGCCAGUGAAUCGAGUUGGGCCACGCCGAGGAGGUCGACAGCAGAGGUGGGCAUACCACGAACGCGCACAUCGCAAUGCGAUGGCCCGUUUAGUUGAUACGUUGUAUCAGAUCUCUAAUCCGUACCGCGGACGGCGCAUUGGGCUCAGCCAUUAUGACCAUGGGCCAUUGACCGAUAAUGAAAAAAAUUGAUAUCGAUUAAUAAUAAAAAUGAAAAAAUUUCGAAAAGUUGAUUAAAAUUAAAAAAAAUUCA